CUCAGGCUCGUCCCGACUUCCUCUUCUAAGCGUCCAAUGAGUCGAGAUUAAUUGCCACUACUCGAGUACGUGAUUGGUAUUCCCUGACCUCGUAUGCUUCCUCGCUACAUCAUUACAUGAAUUUUUCAACAUCAAACAAUCACAAUUCACUAUGAGCACAGAGACCCAAACGCGUCAGAAGAGUAGCACUGGCAUUCGUAAAAAGCCGUUCGCAGUCCCUCCGGUCAAAGUAGCCUGCUUAUCUUGUCGUUCAUCUCGUAUCAGAUGUGAUGGAAAGGAUCCAUGUUCUGGAUGUAAUCACCGCAGGAAAGAAUGCAUCUAUGUCCAGAGUCGACGAGGUGGUGCUCGUGUGCCACGCAGUAAGAAUCAAGACUCUGAGAAAGCAGACUAUGUGAAGAUUGCACAAGAAUGUUUCGACGAAUCUGUGCCAACUAUGGUCAAACCUGGUGCUGGGUUGACGCAACUGGACUUGAACUUCGACAACACAGAUACGCUGUUUGACAGUAUAUUUACAGCAGCACCAUUACCUCGAGCUAUUGAUCAGCAAGAUGACAUUCCACGAAAGACUGGAUCUGUACGAAGAUAUCGAUCGGAUAGUGACAUUCUGGACGCCUACUACAUAUGGUUACACCCGUACUUCCCAAUUCUCCCUGCAUCAGUAAAUGGUCAUCCUAAGGACAACCCGCAGUUCUGGUAUCCAGGAUCGUCAGGUACUACAUAUGACUCUCUCUCACCAACUGGUCUUGCCAUCUCUGCAAUACUGGCCUUGAUCCCUCACCCAGAAGAAGGAGCACCCUUUGAGGAAGAAAGCAUUAGAGCUCGCAGAGAAGCUGCUCAAGUCUUCGUGAAACGCACACUGGAAAGGAUGGAAAGCGACUCGGAAAUACCCAAUUCAUCCAUCUCACCAGCACAAGCCCUGCUGGACGAACGUUCGCACAUCUCACGGCCUGCUUUUCAUGUGCGCGUACCGAUAGAGCUUGAAAGUGUUGUUGCGCUAAGUAUACUUAGCGUGUACGAGUAUGCACAGCGUGGAAACAUCACGAAGAUGAGAGAUCGGGCUAGCCAAGCACUGAUUAUGGCAAUGAAUUUGUCAUUGCAUGAUCGCGGCACUGAACUUGAUCUUUAUGCCGAGUCGAGGAGGAGAGUCUGGUGGAUGACCUACAUUUGCAUCUGCCAGGCUUCGAUCGUUAGCUCUGCGCCUCCAGCAAUACCGCUGUUCGACUCUCGGUUUACAACAAGCUUUCCACAAGCAUCAGAUCCAGAGGCAUGGCCUUUCUUCAUCAAGUCACAACAGACUAUCCUUCUAGCGACUCAGUUCGUCUCCGCGGUAGGUCGUGCGGUAGAUGGACGAGAAGACUGGACAGACAUCUCUGCACGCAUGCAAGAGCUCCACAACACCAUCGAACCUCUGAUUGCACAAGCUUGCAGUUGGACAGACUCAAACCCAGCUUCUGAUGACCCCGAAGCCAUGACCGCGUACUCUUUGAAGCAAAUGUCCAAGAUCAAACUUAAUAGUGCAAGGAUAAAGCUCCAUCGCUACUGUGCCUUUUUCGACAUUCCGGUAUUUUCAGAAAAGCACUGCGAUCUCAAAAAGUCCGAACCACUACUUCCCACAAAUGGCGACCCAUUGGAUCAAAUGUCUGUCGACUCGUCACCGUCCUGUGGCUGCAGCUCUGCUCUACCGACUCAAGUGCCCAGUCUCACGACCUCCGUCUCCCCUCCAAAUUCGACAACAUCAUCCUCUACCACUACCGACUACUUCCAUCCUUUCCCCUUCAGCAGCCACGACUCUUCGCGCUUAUGCCUGAACUCUGCUCUGGCCAUCGCUGCAGCAUUUGAGAGUUUACCUUUCCCCCACACGAUAUCGCCAUUGCAACCGCGUACUAUGCCUUCAUUUGCUUGUUGUGCUAUGCAAUCUGCGUACGCUUUACUUAUGGUAUAUCAUCGAACUUGGGUACUUGCGCAACAACAGGUUGGAGAUGGAAGAGUCAAAGCAGGACAGCUUCUGGAGAGAUGUGAGGGAGGGUUGAGGGCUAUACUCGCAGCACUGGAUAAUUACUCUAUUGCUUUCGAGGCAUUGGGUGGGAUGAGGGAUCAGAUACAGGCGGCGGUUGAUUGCUUGAGUUUAUCUGAUGAGUGAAAUAUCGUCAGUUGGAAAUUGUGGGUUCUUUUCCUCUUCAUGCACGCACUUUACAGCUCGGUUCAUGUCAUGGUCUGUUGACAGGUUGGGCUGGGCUUCACUAUCUGUACAAGUAUCACAGCUUUUGAGAAUCUUGAGUGUCGAGACUUCCUGACACGUCAUUCAGAUCUCUGGUGCUCGUUCCCAACCUCCCAUCAUCGUUUCGAUGACGAUCUUGAGGUCUAGAUUUCCAGCCAUUUUCA